GGGGUCCCCAGGGGUAACGGCAGCGUCCGCUCACUACGAGACGCGAGGCUCCGUGCGAGGUCGCUCCACGACGCCGUCGCCGCUACCGCCACCGCCCAGCCGGGCUGUCAAAGGCAACCACGACGCUGGUCUUCCGCCUCUCCUCCUCCACCGCUCGGAACUCAACUCGGCCGUUGAUUUUGUGUGUGUGUGUGCGUGUCUGUGCGCGUGUGUGGUUUGCGUUGUAAAUCACGCGGCCGGUAGCCAUGCGGCACCUCGGCAGGCUGUGGCGGAGCGCGACGGGGCUGCUGCUCCUUCAGCCGCCGGCGAGCGGAGGAGUUCAAGCGACGGCCUCUGUCCGGUGCAAGACGCAGUCUGCCUCGUUCGGGCUGCUCUUCGACAUCGACGGCGUGCUCGUGCGAGGCCGCACGCCGAUCCCCGCGGCUCGCGACGCCUUCCGCAAGCUGCUGGACGCGAGUGGUGCGCUGCGCGUGCCCGUUGUGUUCGUCACCAACGCCGGCAACUGCCUGCGGCAGGCGAAGGCGGCGCAGCUCUCGGAUGUGCUGGGAGUGCCGAUCUCCCAGGAGCAGGUGAUGCUGUCGCACAGUCCCUUGCGAAUGUUUGAGCAGUACCACCACAAGCACGUGCUCGUGUCAGGCCAGGGGCCCGUGGAAGACAUUGCCAAAAACCUGGGCUUCACGCAGAUCGUCACCAUCGACAUGCUGCGCGAAGCCUUCCCCCUUCUUGACAUGGUGGACCAGACCCGUAGGCCCAAGGAGCUGCCAACAACAACGCCUGAUUUCCCAAAGAUUGAUGCGAUCAUCCUGUUUGGGGAGCCAAUCCGGUGGGAGACGAACCUCCAGCUGGUGAUGGACGUGCUGCUGACGGACGGGCGUCCCGGCACGGGUGCCCGCGCCGUGCCCCACCCCCACCUCCCGCUGCUCGCGUGCAACAUGGACCUCAUGUGGAUGGCCGAGGCCAAAAUGCCACGGUUCGGUCACGGCACGUUCAUGGUGUGCCUGGAGAGCAUCUACAAGAAGGUGACGGGCAGGGAGCUCAAGUACGAGGCCCUGAUCGGCAAGCCCAGCGAGGUGACGUACCAGUAUGCCGAGUACCUGGUGCGCACGCAGGCGCGCGAGAUGGGCUGGCAGAACCCGGUGAAGACCCUCUACGCCAUCGGCGAUAACCCGAUGGCGGACAUCUACGGGGCCAACCUCUACAGCCGCCACCUGCAGCGUAGCCUGCGGGAGGAGCGCGGCGACCGGCAGGCGGUGGCGGAGCGAGUGCAGGCCCGGGCCGCCGGAGGGCUGGCCGUGGCGCGGCCGGCCCGUCCCGGCGACGGCGGCGGCGACGGCGCGGCGAGGACGACGAGAGGGCACGCGAUGCACGGAGCUGGGGAGCUCGCCGGGGCCGCAGCCCUGGCGUGCCGCUCCAUCCUCGUGUGCACGGGCGUGUACAGCCCCCACGCGCAGGUGCCGGCGGACCCGGCGGAGGCGGUGAAGGAGACGGUGUUCCACGGCCACCGCGACUUCCGCUUUGACCCGGAGCUCGUGGAGCCCACGUACACCGUGGCGGACGUCGACGCCGCCGUCGACCUCGUGUUCCGCGAGGAGAAUUUCACCCUCGCUUGAUCGAGCCGCUCGCCCCCCCCCCCCCCCUGCCCCCCCC